CUUGUAUGAUUGGCUUUCCUCUGCUUGGCUGAACUGUUGUCACUUUUCAUUGGCCAGUUUCUCUACAUCUGCAUAAAUCAUUAUAAUCCAAGCUGUAAAGGGGGUUUGGUUUCUUACAUAUAACAUUUCAACACCUCUACAGUACCAGAAAAAAGAACCUGGUUUUGCAGAAAUCCCAACUGUUUUUUUAAGCUUGCUUUUUAAUAUAUACACAAAUACAUAUAGAUACACAUAUACAGAGUGUACUCUUGCAACCUGCCAAGAUGUCUAGAGUAGCAAAAUACCGACGGCAAGUCAGUGAAGAUCCAGAUAUUGACAACUUAUUAUCCACUUUGUCUCCAGAAGAGAUGGAGGAGCUAGAAAAAGAGCUGGAUUCAUCUGAUACAGAUGGGAGCAUUCCGGUAGGCCUCGAGCAGAGAGAUAAAACUGACAAGCAAUUGAGUGGCAAGUGCAAUCGAGAGGAAACACUCAGCCACCGUGAAAAGGAGACCAAGAAAUUUAUUCCAAAGGAACAGUCAACGGAUGAAGCAAAGACAACAGAGAAGAAGAAAGAGGCAAAGGUUCUUGAAGACAAACGUAAGGAGCCUUACAGCAGAGAUCUGAAAAAAAGUAGAACUCCCGAUCCAAUAAAGGAAGAGAAAAAAGAAGAACAGGUACAGAAAGCAAAUCAGAAGGGAAAAGAUGAAACAGACAGCAGUAACAAACUAGGACAAGGAAAAGAGAAAACCGGUAAGGAUGAAAAAAGGUUUUCCAAAGAGAAAGAAAAAUCCAUGGCGGCAGAUAAACGUGUAACAGGCCAAGUGAAAGGGGAAGAAAGGGGUAAACUGCUAAAGAGCCGGUCAGUAGAUGAUAAAGGAAGAGAAGAGAGGGCGGCAGAAUAUAAGAGAGGGACUGGGUGGGACAGAAAGACUGAAGAUAAAAAAGAAUGUGAAAAAAUAGGAGAAAAAAGAUCAGCUUUAAAGCCAGUCUCAAAGAGAGAAGAUAAAAAAGAACCCACCAAAGCAGCAGAAAUAAGUUCAACUACAAAGCCAGGCUCAAAGGUUGACAACAAAGAGAAACCCUUGAAGGAUAGUAAAGGAAUUCCAGAAACAAAAGUCCCAACUGUAGAGCAAGAGGACAUUAUCCAAGAGCCUCCUGAUAGCAGCCCCUCUAAAUCUGCAGACAGUUCUUCAAACCAGAACAAGGAGGAUGAUGCCACCAGCAUCUUUGAUGAACCCUUGGAAAAGAUCAAGAAUAAUGACCCAGAGAUGAUAGAAGUUAACGUCAACAAUUCUGACUGCAUCAACAAUGAGAUCCUGGUACGCUUUGCUGAGGCCUUGGAAUUCAACACGGUGGUCAAGGUCUUUGCCCUGACCAACACGCGUGCUGAUGAUCAUGUUGCAUUUGCCAUUGCCAUCAUGCUAAAGUCCAAUAAGAGUCUGACAAGUAUAAAUCUAGAUUCCAAUCAUAUCACAGGCAGAGGGAUCCUGGCCAUCUUUCGUGCGCUGCUGCAGAACAACACUCUGACGGAGCUGCGCUUUCACAAUCAGAGACAUAUUUGUGGAGGGAAGACCGAGAUGGAGAUAGCCAAGUUGCUGAAAGAGAACACCACAUUGCUGAAACUGGGCUACCAUUUUGAAUUAGCUGGGCCACGCAUGACAGUCACAAACCUGCUAAGCAGGAAUAUGGACAAACAGAGACAGAAACGCUUACAAGAGCAGAAACAGGCCCAGGAAAAGCUGGAGAAGAAGGACUUCCUUGAGGUGCCAAAGGCAGGAUGUUUGCCAGCUGGCUCACCAAAGAUUUCUCUAAAACCAUCCCCCAAAACCUCCCCAUGGUCUUCCCCUAAAGCUCCUCCUAAGAAAUCUGGCACCCCAGAUGCUCCUCCUCCUCCACCCCCACCUCUAGCCCCUCCACCUGCUCCUCCUUUGAUUAAUGAAAAUUUACGCUUGUCCCUUUCUCCGGCCACUCAGAGGAAGAUGGUGGAGAAAGCACUUCCUCCCCAGGAGAAGAAUUCCAGAGAUCAACUUCUGGCUGCCAUUCGCUCUACCAACAAGAAGCAGUUGAAAAAGGUGGAGGUUCCCAAGUUACUUCAAUAGUAGGGAGCGGAAUCUUGGACAGUGGAGAUUGCCAAGGCUGAAUCACUGUGUUUGUCUCUCGGGUGACUGUUUACAUGAGAAGAACGCAACGGAGCAACAGCCCGCCCUGUGUUAGUCCCAGAUGAACCGUGUUCUCUGUGGGAUUAAUUUGGAUACAAGAAUUACAUGGAUUGCCAAAAGGCGUUGUUAUCAGGAAGAAGUUAUAUUUAUUUUUAGUCCUUUUUAAUAACAAAACUUGUUUUUGUCCUGAAAAGAAGGAUCUGCAGAUAUGGUAUAUUUGGGCUUUUUGUCUAGUUUUUCCUUGUGGGAGCUCAGAAAGUAAAGGGGCAAAUGUGAUCAACCUUGAAGAAGUCUGAAUUUGGGGUAUCUCUGCUUAUCUCAUCAUUUGCCAAGCAGCAACGUUGCAAUCGCUUGCCACUAGGAACAUCUAAAGAGCUACACUGGAGCAGCAGCAUCAUGAGAAGGUGUCCAGCAUACUGUCGGUACAAGAAGACUCUAAAUGGAGCCAUGUCACAUUUAUACCCAUUGCUGCUCGAUUGAAAUGGCAAUGUCAUGUUUUGUUUUGCCUGAAUACUGAAGCAGGAGGGUGGGGGAGGAAUUGUGGAGACAAAAGUCAUUGUUCAAUGUCUCUGUGAUUUCAAGGAUUCCAUUUCUCGGAUAGCAAAAAACAAACACAGGUUCUUACAGGCCAUGGCUCCUUUGGUGAAAAGAAAUGGGUAUGUGCUCCACAUUUGAUUCCUAAAGACUUGUCAUGGUGCCAUGAUGUAGCUGUAAGCAAAGGCAGCUGAAUGGACUGCGUUCCUGCUGGGUCUGGGGCUCUGCUGCUUCUACUUCUGAAGUAAACAGCAGUUUCCCAACUCAUUUUAGAAUUUACAAUACUUAAUUUUAGAAUUCAUGUAAGAGAAAAAGAGCAAGCUUAGCUGUCAGUGGGAAGUAAUGAAAAAGGCAAGGAGUCCACAUAUAUAAUCAGCUGAACUUUGGAAACUCAAAUUUGAAAAAUUCAGGAGCAUCUUUAGGGCUUGGGGCAAACAAUCAGUUUGAACUUUAUCUAAUCAAGUGGGCCAUAACUUAGAAGAUCACAUCAAAUAUCUUUCAAGACAUUUGUUUACUAUAGACAUGGGAAUAAAUUUGGGGACCAGAAGGUUUUUGUAACACUUUUUUAAACUAUGCUGAUUUGUGGAAAGAAACACUCUCAAGGAAGAAACAUUGUUUUGGAAAUGUCCAUCAAUAUGCCAUGUUAUGUGGACUUUGAGAAUGCUAUGUGCUCCAUCUACUCUGUGUCAGCUUCCUUUCCUUGCAAACUCGGUCUUCCUUCCCUCCAAAUGAAUCCCAGUUUCAUGAAUUAUAUUUUUAGCAUAAUAGCUGUCAAAUACUUUCUGGUAAUAUGUGGCUCCUUAGCAUCACAUUGCGGUUGGAUCACAUGGGUGUAUACACCCUCAUCCGUCCUGAUGAAGGGCAUGGGAUGCUGACAGAACACUGAAGUCAGUCAUCAGUAAGGAGUCUUGACAUGGCAAAUAAACUACAAAUGGAAUGUAUGAAGUGAUCCUAAAAGUAUUCUCCAAAGCACCUGAAGGCAGAAUGAGAUGCAAUGGAUGGAAAUUAACCCUAACCUAGAAAUAAGGAGAAAUUUCCUGACAAUUAGAACAAUUAAUCAGUGGAAUGGCUUACCCUCAGAAGUUGUGGGUGCUCCAUUACAGGAAGUUUUUAAGAAGAGAUUGGACAACCGCUUGUUUGAAAUGAUAUAGGGCAGGGGGUUGGACUAGGAAACCUCUAAGGUCCCUUCCAUUUCUGUUAUAGUAGAGGAAUGACAGCAAUAUUUUGAGAAAAUUGUUGAAUCUGUUUUCAGUCUCAAGAAUCUCCCCCCCUCCCGCCCCCGCCGCCCCAUCUGGCUUUUCUGUACGUACUGGCUACACAUCCCCAUUCAUUGGUCAUGCAAAAUAUGACAGUGUAGCCCAACACUUCAAGAGGAUAUCAGGUUUGUGGGGUCAGCUUUGAAUGAAGUAGAUACCACAAACAGCAUGAACUGGACAGGGAGCACCAAAUACUUGACCUGAAGAAGAACGUAAUAGACAACAAUAGUAAAGGGACUAUUUUCUUCUUAUUAUUUUAUUUGCUCUAUGAAGGGUAAUGAAGCAAGAGCAACUCCAUCAGCAAACCAGUUUAGCUUCCUGGUAGGCUCAAUAAUUUCCUGUAUCUAAAUCCAAGUAUUGAAUUCAAUUAAUUUCUGGCUUGGGCUGUAAAUUAAAACAUAUUUUUGCGUUUAAGUGACUUUAAGAGAUUAAUAUAUAAAUGAACAGAUAAAUCUAACUCUCUUGGAGCCAUGUUUCAUGGCUCACACAAAAUGCCAAAGUGUAUCUGAAUUGAGAUAAUGCAGGCUUGUGUGCAAGUGUAUGCAAUUACAUGUUUUUCAUCUUCUUUCCAAAUAAGGAAAGCACUGAAGAAAUCUCAGCAGCCUGAUAGAAAGCAGCAAGAAUUCACAGCUAUUAACAAAAAUACAGCUCCCUCUCCCAAACUGCAUGUCUUCGUAUUUUCAAACACAAGUGGUAUACCUACCGAGAUAUGUUGGUUUCCAUUUCCCAUCAUCUCCAAUCAGAAUGACCAGGCUAAUGUAUGGAGAUUAUGACUUGACAAAGGUCUUCUUGUUCUGACCAAAUGAAGAAACAGAGACAAGCAAUUCUUAUUCACAUUUGUGAAAUAUCUGAAGAGAUGUUAUGUGUGCUUCAAUUAUCUUUUAAUAGGCAGAGGAUAGGGGAAAGGUAUGCUUGCUGAAGAGAAAGGUUUAUAUUUUCAUCACAUUUGCAAAAAUAAUGGAGGGAAAAAGAAAACCAAGAGACAAACCACCUGAGCACGUGAUCUCAAAAUGCAGACAUUUUUGCCAUUUUCAACUGUUUCUCUUGAAUUUUGCAUUAUGUAUAGCAUUGCCUGCACUUUCAUUAAUAAAGCUCACAAAAUGUC